UAAUAUGAUGUGAAUAUGUGGUGCAUUUAUUUUUACAGAUAAAUGAUAAUAGAUAUUUUUUAUCAUAGACUAUUCCUUAAGUGUACAUAUUGACCACCUGUUCUCGUUUUUUUUUUCCAUAAUUUAUCACAUUUAUGUAAUAUGUUUUCUCGAACAAUUUCCUUUAUCCUUUAAUCAUUUUGUCAAUUAUUAACCUUUGUCACUAUUAUUGUGAGUAGUUUACUCUAUAUUUUAUAAUCUAUUUGUUUUAUAGUUAAACCAUCAUUAUAAUUCUACUAUUCGCUUGUGUGUACUUACUACCGAUAAUCUACAUCACAUACUCUAAUUAACAUUUCUAUAUAAAAAAGUUUAUGUAAUCUAUCGGCUUGAUAAUAUUAAAUUUUUUUUUUAAAUUUUAAAUUCCUCAACAAUUACAAUAACAUACAAAACAAUAUGAUGCCUAGAGGAAAAAAUGGUUAUUCCUGGGAAUUAAACUCAGGAACUCAAGAUAGUGAGCCUUUACUAGAAAGAGAUACUGAAGAUCCAGAUGAUGUGUUAUUUACAUCCCGCCCAGGCACAUCAACAUUUGUAGCUGAUAUGCUCAGUUCACACUCUCAUAAGAUGAACAAUCAACAUAAUAAACUUGACCUCAUAUCUAAUUCAGUAAAAACUUUGAAAAAUGUUUCAGAAGAUAUAAGUGUUGAGUUAGAUCAUCAAAAUGUAAUGCUUGAAAAUUUAAGCACUGAAUUAGAUAAAACAGAAUCAAGAUUAGAUAUGGUAUCGAAAAAAGUAGCACAAGUUCUACAAUUGUCUGAUGAUAGAAGACAAUGGAUGGCAAUUGGAAUUUUAGUUGGUAUUAUUAUAAUAACCAUCAUUCUUUUAAUUAUUUUAUAAAUUUUGUUCAAAUAUUAUAUUUGGUAAAAAAGACUGAUUUUAUUUAUUUAAUAUUUACUUUUCAUAUUAAAUAUAUAACACAUUAUUAUGAUAAAUGUGACAUAUGUGCCUACAUUUUAAUAUUCAAGAAUCUAGUCUAAAUUAUAUUAUACUAUUAUCACUUAAUUUAUUGUUUUUUUGAAUAUACAUAUUUUAUUUUAUAGCUUUACAAUAUUAUAAUAUUAUUAUCUAUGAUGAAUUAAUAAACUGUUCUUGAUUGUUCAGCAA